AUGAGGCCGGUGUUGCUGCUGCUGGUUUCCACAGCCUGGACCAUGACAGCAGCUCAGCACUACUACCCGGGGCUGAUGGAUUAUCUGGAGAACAGGUUGUUGGCGAUUGAGGACCGGAUGCAGUUUUGGCACGACCAGUCCCACCGGUACCACACCGAGCUGCAGGACUUCAAGAAGCUAACCUCCGAGGCCGUGGACGGGCUGAGCAGCGAGCACGGCUCCCUGUUCAAAGACCUGGAAGGAGCCGGGGUCCGGGUGGAGCGGGUGGAGCGGGAGAUGGACUACGUGGAGGCGCAGACUUCGCCUCGGGCCUGUGCCAGACCGGCAGAGAAGGUGGUGGAGCAGGGGGUGUGGGGGCUGGAGGAGAGCCGAGGAGAGGAGGAGGAGGAGGAGGAGGAGGAGGAGGACUGGGUGGAGCUGCACUCCAGAGUCUCUGACUGUGUUGAAAUCAUCUCUGGCAUCAGAUCAGUGAAGAUCCUGAAGAGAGUGGGCGGUCCCAGGGGGAUGUGGACCAGAGACCCCAGGUCCUCCAGGGUCUACGUCUUCAACGGGACCUCAGGAGACGUCCUCUACCAGUUCGACUCUGUCCAGGACUUCUCUCGUUCUCCGGGGUUUGACGGCAGCAAACAGAUCCGGCUUCCGUUUGCCUGGAGCGGCCCCGGCAGCGCUGUGCAUAACGGAUAUCUGUACUACGUGAUGCAGGAGGCGGACUCGGAUCUGCAGGUCGUCAGAUAUGACCUGAUGAGUGGCGUGGUGACGGACAUCGCCAUGUUCCCCGUGGACAGCCGGGCGAGUGUGUACAGCCUGAACCCUGAGAGCGUGGCGGACCUGGCAGCGGAUGACGAAGGCCUCUGGCUCCUCUUCGCCUCCAGUGACAGCGAACCCAACGUCAACCUCGCCAAGAUGGACCCCGCCACGCUCGAUAUAGAACAGAUCUGGGACACCCGGUGCCCGAGGGAGAACGCGGAGGCGGCUUUCGUGGUGUGUGGGACCGUCUACGUUGUUUACAACACCCGCCUGGCGAGUCGCUCGCGGAUCCAGUGCGUGUUCGACGUCAACGACAUGGUGGUCAGCGAGGAGGCUCCGCUGCUCUACUUCCCCCGGAGGUACGGCGCCCACGCCAGCCUGAAGUACAACCCGGAGGAGAAGCAGCUCUACGGCUGGGACGACGGCUACCAGAUCAUCUACAGGCUGACCAUGAAGAGGAAGAUGCUGGUGUGA